AAACACUCAAAACCAAAACUCAACACCAAGACCACCUACAACCAUGGCUCGCAUGACAGCACCAGCCUGCGGCCAGCACGCUGUUCUCGUCCGCUUCCAGCGCAGUGUCAACCUCCGUAAACACCGAGCACGCUUGGAGUCUCAUAUGCUCUACCUCGAACAGGAGUACGCUCAACUCCAGGCGCUUUACGAGGAGAACGAGGCCGACAUUCUCGACAGCGACACCAUUUCCACCGUGGACUACUCCGAUGCACUCCCAGCCGACCAUGACAACCAAGACGCCGGCCUAACCUCAGAAGACGACGACGAUCAGGGGAGCGAGGCUGGUCUUCUCGCCAAUGACACCGACUCCGAGGAGUACUACUCCACCUCACCACCAGCCGACCAUGGCGAUCAUGCCGCCGGCUACAGCUCAUCGGAAGAGGGCGGCGAGGAGAACGAGGACGAUAUUCUCGCCAUCGACACCGAUCCCGAGGUGUACCGCCCCUCCCCGCCACCAACCUACCAUGCCGACCAUGAGGCCGACCUCACCUCAUCGGAAGACGACGACCAGGAGAGCGAGGCCCAGUACGAUGUAGACGAGUUCCUCUUCCCAGGUGUGGAGGAAGACUCCCUCACCUGGAGGAGUGAAGAGGAGGAGAUCGAGGAGGAGACUCGCGCGCUCUCCGAGGAAUCGUCCACCAUCCCGGACGAUGAGUCGACUGGCAGUGGGCCAACAUCGCCGCAGUCCUCGGAGAGCGAGGACGAGCCGCUGGUGUCUCGCAAGCGGAGCGCGGAGGAGAUGGAGGGGGAGGAUGGUGAUGAGCUUGGAUGUGGCGGCUUGUGGGUUUGGGUACCUGGUCGUGGGUUGAAGUGGGCACGAUUUGAUUACCCGUAG